CUGGGCGGCAGGCUGGGGCUGCGGGCGGGUGCGGGGUGGGGCAGGCGGCGGCAGCGCGAGCCGCUGUUCCCGCCCCGCCAGCCGCUCUACUCCAGCCCGCACCCGCACACGCACUUGCAUGGCGCGUCUGCAGCAGCAGCAGCAGGAGGAGGGUUAUCAAGCGACGGCAGUGGCAGUGACGGCAGCGGGCAGCACCACUCGCACCGCCUGUCAGUGAGCCAGCAGGGCCACCUGUCCCCGGCAGCAACAGCAGGGGCCCCCCUCAGCGGUGACCCCGACACCCCACCCGGUGACGCCAACGUGGAUCAGGGGCCCGCAGCAGCAGACCACCACCACCACCACGGAAGCGGUGUCCGGGGCGGCAGUGGCGGGGGAUGUGUGGAGUCCGCCCUAGGCAGUGCCCUGGGCGCCGGGUGCAGUCCGGGUAGGCAGCUCGGCGGUGGGGCGGUGGCGGCGGCGUACGCCCGCUCGGGGCGCGUAGCAGGAGCAGGUGGAGGAGCAGGUGGAGGCGGCGGAGGUGGUCACCUGCUGACCCGGCCGCUGAGCAGUCUGGCGGCUGCGGGGCUGGAGCUGGGAGCAUACAACUUCUUUGCGGUCGCCCUGGGCACCUGGGGGGUGCAGCGCAUCAGCGCCACCAAGGUCGCCUUCCUGGGCCAGGCAACCAGCCUCAUCACCCCGCUGCUGCUGGCGGCAAGCGGGCAGCGGGUGGCGCCGGUGGUGUGGGCGGCAUGCGGGGCGGGGGCGCUGGGGGGGGUCAUGGUGGCGGCGGACGGGGCGCAGCAGCAGCAGGGGGAGGCGGUGGCGGCAGGAGGAGCGGUGUCCCAGGGGCAGCAGGG